AUGUCUACCUCUUCUCCUAUGGUCACCCUCGAGCAGGCUACCUGGGCCUGGAUUAUGGCCGGCCCAGCCAAGCAUCGUCUGUCCAUUGGCAAGCGCUUCGUCAAGGCCUUCAUGGCUGGCCUCUUCCUCUCCACGGGCGGCAUGCUUGUCCAAGUCCUCAGCGCCGACCCUUGGCUGACAGAGAAUGCGGCUGGCCUCCUCAAAAUCAUCCAGGGCGCCGUCUUCCCGGUCGGUCUCGUGAUGAUUGUGCUUCUGCAGAUGGACCUCGUUACGGGCCAGAUGGCAAUCAUGACGAUGGCGACGAUCAAGCGCAAGGUGCCCUACUGGGCUUGGAUUGCUGAUUGGGCGCUGGUCUUCGUGGGCAAUUUGGCCGGAGCUCUCCUCUACACGGGCAUCGUCUACGGCUCUGGCAUCUACACUCCCGCAAUGAAGACUGGAGCAGCAGGCGUUGCCACGAUGAAGGCUGGCUCCUCGAUCUCCUUUGGCAAGAACAUCGUCCGUGCCAUUGGCUGUAACACCCUCGUCUGCCUGGCCGUCUUCCAAGCCAGCCUCGCAAAGGACGCAGUCAGCAAGGUCGUCUGUGCCUGGUUCCCCAUCUUCGUCUUUGUAGCUGCAGGCUUCGAGCACGUCGUAGCUUCGAUGUUCCUCAUCCCAGAGGGCCUCGAGAAUGGGGCAAUGGUCACCGUUGGACGCUACAUUGGUACGGCACUGGUGCCUGCCUUCUUGGGCAACGUCAUUGGAGCUUGGCUACUCGUUCUGCCCCUCAUGUACCUCUAUGGUGGCGAUGAGUUCGACCCUGCUAAGACGACAGAAGAGAAGGGAAGCCCGUCGCCGACAAUCCAUGAGCCCAUGGGCCAGGUUCAGUCGGGCCACUACGUCAAGGACAUCGAGAGGGCUGAGCCCUAG